CUGCCACGGAGUGGGCGCCGCACCGCGCGCAGAGCCCCGCAGCCAGCCGCCCGCAGCUGCCAGCGCCGCCCCGACGGCCUCCGUGCGUCGCUGCGGUUGCCACCGGGGCCCCAAGGCCACCAUGAAGAAGGAAGUGUGCUCAGUGGCCUUCUUCAAGGCUGUGUUCGCGGAGUUCCUGGCCACCCUCAUCUUCGUCUUCUUUGGCCUGGGCUCGGCACUCAAGUGGCCCUCGGCGCUGCCCUCCAUUCUGCAGAUCUCCAUCGCCUUUGGCCUGGCCAUAGGUACCCUGGCUCAAGCUCUGGGACCUGUGAGCGGUGGCCACAUCAAUCCAGCCAUAACUCUGGCCCUCUUAGUAGGCAACCAGAUUUCCCUGCUCCGGGCUGUCUUCUACGUGGCAGCCCAGCUGGUGGGCGCCAUUGCUGGGGCAGGCCUUCUCUACUGGUUGGCGCCAACCAAUGCUCGGGGCAACCUGGCCGUCAAUGCGCUCAGCAACAGCACAACACCGGGCAAGGCCACGGUGGUGGAGAUAAUCUUGACCUUCCAGCUGGCGCUCUGCAUCUUCUCCUCCACUGACUCCCGCCGCACCAGCCCCGUGGGCUCCCCAGCUCUGUCCAUCGGCCUGUCCGUCACACUGGGCCAUCUGGUGGGGAUCUACUUCACCGGCUGCUCCAUGAACCCAGCCCGCUCUUUCGGCCCAGCGGUGGUCAUGGAUCGGUUCAGCCCCUCUCACUGGGUCUUCUGGGUGGGGCCGAUUGUGGGGGCCAUCUUGGCUGCCCUGCUCUACUUCUACCUGCUCUUCCCCUCCUCCCUGAGCCUGAGCGACCGAGUGGCUGUGGUCAAAGGCACAUAUGAGCCGGAGGAGGACUGGGAAGAGCAUCGGGAGGAGCGGAAGAAGUCCAUAGAGCUGACGGCGCACUGAGCAGCACCAGGCAGGGGCCGGUCCCUCAGUCCCCGAAAACCAAGCCUCAGGGCAUCUUUCCCAACAGCCCUCUUGGUGGGGAAGAGUCGCUGGACCCAUGCUGAAGAUAGAGAUGGAAGCAGAAGCCCACAAUGGACACUCGGGUGGGGGCCAGGGGCUGGAGUGUGACGGGGACAGGGUCUCUUCUGGAACAGGCAGACCUCAGAGAUUGUGAGGGCAGUGCCAAGCUCUCAGGCUGCCCAGGACCACACCAGAAAAGGGGGGCAGCAGCCUGCUUAUCUCAUCCAACCCAACCUCUCGCAUGCGCAAGCCAGCCCUCAAGUGGGCAUGGGCAGAGCGGACACUGCCCCAGAGCAGAGGGACAGAUGGCUCGUUGAAUGUCAUCUUAUUUAUUUUUGGUCAAGGAUGGGGGUGGGGGCUGCUGGUAUUUGGGUUGGGCGCUUUUGUUUCCCAAUAAACCAUCAAUCUUCACACUC